UUAGGGCACGCCUUGGGAGAGGAGGAGCGCCUGCAAAUAACCCGCCGUGGCUGCGAGGAAACUCUCGUCAUUUUCCAUUUCGCACCGAAGCAUUCUGUUCAAGUGUGGUGUAUUAUCCCUAACCGACAGUCGCCAUGGUUAUCGUCAUUAACAACUCGGAAGAGUUUGAUCGUUACCUGCAAGAAAAUCGGGACAAGCUCAUUGUGGUCGACUUCACAGCCACAUGGUGCGGACCCUGCAAAAUGAUCGGACCGGCUUUUGACAAAGCGUCAGAAAACGCGGCGUACGCCAAUGUUAUUUUCCUUAAAGUCGACGUGGAUAAAUGUGAGGACAUAAGCGCUAAAUGCAAAAUCAGCUGUAUGCCCACAUUCAUCUUUUUCAAGAAUGGAGAACAGAUUGAUAUCUUCUCUGGGGCCAACGAAGCGAAAUUGAUUGAAAAGCUCGAUGCUCUCACAAAACAAUGACAACGCUCCGUUCCACCCGGCCAGCCUCGUGCUGUUCAUUCAGUGCACGUGUUGAGUAUUUAACCAGUUGACAAGUCUGUUCGAUGAAAUGUUUGCUCGACUUGCUCAGAAACUUUCUUUGUAUCGUUUCCAACAAGGUGGAUUGAAUAAAUUGUGUAAUGGAGCCUUCA